GGGGCUUUCCCUUGGAAGGGGAGUAUCGGUUAACCCUUGAGCGGCGGGGCGGGCUGGAGCUCCGCGGGCCGGAACCUGAGAGUCGGGGCUACCCAGCCACACCCCUCACGGGAUUUAAAGGGAUAGAAGGGGCCGGAUCGGCCGAAACCCGAACCGAAGGAGCGGGCAUGAGGCGCUGCCCGUGCCGCGGGAGCCUGAGCGAGGCGGAGGCCGGGGCGCUGCCCGCAGCGGCCCGCAUGGGACUGGAGGCGCCGCGAGGAGGGCGGCGGCGGCAGCCGGGACAGCCGCGACCUGGGCCCGGCUCAGGGGCCCCGGCGGCGCGGCCGGAGGGGGGCGGGCCCUGGGCCCGGACGGAGGGGCCCAGCCUCGGUCCUACUCCGGGGACCGAUAGUCCACAGACAGAAUUCUGGACAGACGGACAGAGUGAGCCCGCGGCAGCUGUCCUUGGAGUAGAGACCGACAGGCCCAACCAAAAGACGGAGCCAGACAGGUCCAGCCUCCAGACGCAUCCAGAAAGGAGCUGGUCAGAGCUGGAGACGACCUGUCCUUGGACGGAGACCGGGACAGAUGGCCUUUGGACGGAUCCGCACAGGUCCGACCUCCAGUCUCAGCCCGAGAAGGCCAGCCCCUGGACACAGCCAGGGGUUGAUGGGCCCUGGACAGAGCUGGAAACACAUGGGUCACAGACUCAGCCAGAGAGGGUCAAGUCCUGGGCUGAUAACCUUUGGACCCACCAGACCAGUUCCAACCUCCAGACUCACCCAGAAGGAGCCUGUCCCUCAACAGAGCCAAGUGCUGAUGGCUCCUGGAAAGAACUGUACAAUGAUGGCUCCUGGACACAACGGAAUAUUGAAGGUCCCUGGACAGAGCCAUGCACUGAUGGCUCCCAGAAAAAACAGGAUACUGAAACAGCCAGGAAACAGCCUGGCACUGGUGGUUUCCAAACACAACAGGAUACUGAUGGCUCCUGGACACAGCCUGGCACUGAUGGUUCCCAGACAGCACCUGGGACAGACUGCCUGUUGGGAGAGCCUGAGGAUGGCCCAUUAGAGGAACCAGAACCUGGGGAAUUGGUGACUCACUUGUACUCUCACCUGAAGUGUAGCCCCCUGUGCCCUGUGCCCCGCCUCAUCAUCACCCCUGAGACCCCUGAGCCUGAGGCCCAGCCAGUGGGACCCCCCUCCCGGGUUGUUGGGGGCAGUGGCGGAUUCUCCUCUGCCUCCUCUUUCGACGAGUCUGAGGAUGACGUGGUGGCCGGGGGCGGAGGUGCCAGCGAUCCCGAGGACAGGUCUGGGAGCAAACCCUGGAAGAAGCUGAAGACAGUUCUGAAGUAUUCGCCCUUCGUGGUCUCCUUCCGAAAACACUACCCUUGGGUCCAGCUUUCCGGACAUGCUGGUAACUUCCAGGCAGGAGAGGAUGGUCGGAUUCUGAAACGUUUCUGUCAAUGUGAGCAGCGCAGCCUGGAACAGCUGAUGAAAGACCCGCUGCAGCCUUUCGUGCCUGCCUACUAUGGCGUGGUGCUGCAGGAUGGCCAGACCUUCAACCAGAUGGAAGACCUCCUGGCCGACUUCGAGGGCCCCUCCAUUAUGGACUGCAAGAUGGGCAGCAGGACCUACCUGGAAGAGGAGCUGGUGAAGGCACGGGAGCGUCCCCGUCCCCGGAAGGACAUGUAUGAGAAGAUGGUAGCUGUGGACCCUGGGGCCCCUACCCCUGAGGAGCAUGCCCAGGGUGCGGUCACCAAGCCCCGCUACAUGCAGUGGAGGGAAACCGUGAGCUCCACCUCCACCCUGGGCUUCCGGAUCGAGGGCAUUAAGAAAGCAGAUGGGACCUGCAACACCAACUUCAAGAAGACACAGGCACUGGAGCAGGUGACGAAGGUGCUGGAGGACUUCGUGGAUGGAGACCACGUAAUCCUGCAAAAGUACGUGGCACGCCUAGAAGAACUUCGUGAAGCUCUGGAGAUCUCCCCCUUCUUCAAAACCCACGAGGUGGUGGGCAGUUCCCUCCUCUUCGUGCAUGACCACACCGGCCUGGCCAAGGUCUGGAUGAUCGACUUCGGCAAGACGGUGGCCUUGCCUGACCACCAGACACUCACCCACAGGCUGCCCUGGGCUGAGGGCAACCGUGAGGAUGGCUACCUCUGGGGCCUGGACAACAUGAUCCACCUCCUGCAGGGGCUGGCACAGAGCUGAGCUGCUCCGCCACCGCCAGGUUUACUAAUUGGAUGGCACCAGUCUGGCUGGAGGAGUCCCGAGAUGCCAUGGGGGGCCUGAGGUUGGCCAGGGACGGGAGAGGUUGUCAUGUGCCACAUGAGACUAAUGUGGAAGGGUCUGAGGGGCCUUGGGAGACCAGGGAGCACCUGGCCCAUCAUGAUGCAGGGGCUGUGGGGACCUGGAAGGAACAUGAUGAGGCAGUGAGUCAGAAAAACUAGAACGGGGUCCUCUGAUCUGCCGGGAAAGUUUCUGAGGGGCUGCCAGAGGCCACAGCAAAAGCAUGCUGCCCUGAGAGCACUCAGUUCAGAUGUCAGAGGGACAGCGUGACGGGGGCCUAAGGCUACAUGAAUCACCUAUGAUCGGCCUCCCUGUCAGCCUCCAGGCUGCCGGUUAGCUGAGGCCGGGGACUGGGUCAAGCAUCAUUGGUGAACGGAACGAGGCACCACUGGACCAUUUGGGGAAAGUGACAGUCCUGUGCCUUCACUGGGGAUCCAUUUGAGUGCUGAGCAACAAAAGGCCCAGAGGGCAUUAUCUUAUGGGACUGGACGCAGCCUGAGGGCUGAGACCUCUGGGCGGGCACAGUUCACUGAGGUCCUGCCCUGCCAUGGCCCUGUGGGAUUCUCCGUGUUCCUCAGAGGACUCUGCUGACCUCCUGCAGACCCAAACCACAGCCACAUACCAGCUACCGUGCCAGCACUGCGCCAGCAGAAACUUGCUCCUCUGCACAUCGGAUCCGGCCUCAGGCUUCUCUCUCCUUUCUCAGCCAACAGCAGUGGCAGAAAAGAGGUUGGGAGGCAGGGAAAGCAGGCUUCCCCCUGCCUCUCAGAGCUGCUGCGCUCAGGACCCCAUCCAAUCCCAGGCCCCUGCAGGGAAAAGCACAGGGUAUGUGUCAGAGGCCAGGGUGGGUGGGGCUGCCGGCCACAACCCUGGCCUGCAGCCUGGUCCAAACCAAAGACUGUAGAACCCUGGGGUGUGGCUAACAGCCCCUCCAUCCCCCUCCUGCAGCACCCACAGCUAGGUCUUCCUGGCCCACGAGGCUGGGCUGGCGGACAGGUACCUACCUCUUCCCUAAGCUGAAGCUCCCACACUGUCUUCCAGGGCCGAGGGGACGCUCUCCUUUUCUACUGACCAUCCUGAUACUUAUUUAUAUGAGGCAGUUGCUGGA